GGCCCUGGACCAGGCAGGCCUGGGGUUCAGAGGAGCGAAAGUUAAGGGACAGAGGGCUCAGAACACAGAGGAGAGAGACCUUUCAGGGACUGAGUCCUGAAGGCAGGGAGGGUGUGCCUGGCAGAAGUGGAGAAGGCGCCCAGGUUACCGGAGUUCACACUGUGCCCCAGGGAACCCCCUCUCCAGGUCUUUCCUCCCCCACAGGCUACCCCAAACCUCCCAGGAUUUAAAGGUUGAUGUGCUGCCGUCACAGAAGGCCCACAAUUGGCCCCUUCCAGCGUCUGUCCCGCCAAGAGGGCUCCUGGGCGUGCACGGUGGGUGGGGAGAGCCAGUGGUCAAAGAUAAACCCAGUGCGCUGGGCCGUACUCUCCCUGCCUCUGCCGAUAGCACAGGGACACGCCCAUACUGGGAGCAGGGGUGCCAGCGGGUCCCAGCUCUGGACAGGAAGGACCAGCCCCUGCAAUGGAAGCAGGCCAGCAGGACUAUGAUCUUCUGGUGAUUGGCGGGGGAUCCGGUGGCCUGGCCUGUGCCAAGGAAGCUGCUCAGCUGGGAAAGAAGGUGGCCGUCGUAGACUACGUGGAGCCUUCCCCCCGAGGGACCACGUGGGGCCUCGGCGGCACCUGUGUGAACGUCGGCUGCAUCCCCAAGAAGCUGAUGCACCAGGCAGCACUGCUGGGGACCAUGAUCCGAGACGCCCCCCACUAUGGCUGGGAGUUGGCCCAGCCGACUCCACACAGCUGGAGGAAGAUGGCAGAGGCCGUUCAAAACCACGUGAAGUCCCUGAACUGGGGGCACCGGGUGCAGCUGCAGGACAGAAAAGUCAAGUACUUUAACAUCAAGGCCAGCUUUGUCAACAAGCACACAGUUCGUGGUGUCACAAAGGAUGGGAAGGAGACUCUGCUUUCGGCUGAGCACAUCGUCAUUGCUACUGGAGGGCGGCCGAGGUACCCCAUGCACGUUGAAGGUGCUUUGGAAUAUGGAAUCACAAGUGACGACAUCUUCUGGCUGAAGGAAUCCCCUGGAAAAACGUUGGUGGUCGGGGCCAGCUACGUGGCCCUGGAGUGUGCCGGCUUCCUCACGGGGCUCGGACUGGACACCACCAUCAUGAUGCGCAGCAUCCCCCUCCGGGGCUUUGACCAGCAGAUGUCAUCUUUGGUCACAGAGCACAUGGCAGCUCAUGGCACCCGGUUCCUGAGGGGCUGCAUCCCCUUGAGAGUGGGGAGGCUCCCGGAUGGCCAGCUGCAGGUCACCUGGGAGGACCUCACUGCCAGCAAGGAGAACACAGGCACCUUCGACACUGUGCUGUGGGCCGUAGGCCGGGCUCCAGAGACCGGAAGUCUGGCUCUGGAGAAGGCGGGAGUGAGUACUGACCCCCACAGCCAGAAGGUCCUGGUGGACGCCCAGGAAGCCACCUCCGUCCCUCACAUCUUCGCCAUCGGAGACGUAGCAGAGGGGCGGCCCGAGCUGACACCCACGGCUGUAAUGGCGGGAAAGCUCUUAGCCCAGCGGCUCUGCCACCAGUCCUCAGACCUGAUGGAUUAUGACAAUGUCCCCACGACGGUCUUCACCCCACUGGAGUACGGCUGCGUGGGGCUGUCAGAGGAGGCGGCUGUGGCUCGCCAUGGGCAGGAGCAUGUGGAGGCUGGCCAUGACCCCCGGGGGCCACAGAGCAUCCCCAGAUGGCCCUGCAGCGUGCUGCGAGGCCUUGGAACCUGCCAGGCUGUAUAUGCUGGAAGCCUUCAGUGUGGCUUCAUCUCAGUGCCACCCAGCUUGCAGGCAGACCCAGAGAAACCAGACCCCAUGUGGCUACCACUGCAGGGCUUGGUGCCCUUUGGGGGUGAGUCACUGGGUCCCAGGGACUACCCCUUGCCCCAGUGCCCUGGUCCCCUCCAUCAUCAGGCCAAGCUUGACAGGCUGGCCUUCUCCCCGGCACUUUAUUUGCUGUUUUUGUUUGAUUCAUCGCAAGUACACGGGGACAUAUGUUCGUGGCAUUCUGUAAUGUUGUUUUAUGUUUCUCAAUGUUGAAUGGCCAAAUACCGUUUGUUUGUUUUCUUUUCCAUUCUGUCUUAGUUAGAACAAUAUUGGCUGAAGCUCCAUUAAUUAAUAAUAGCUGUGCCGCGCACGGGAGGCCCCGCUCAUUUCUUGCCCGGCCGCAGCCCUGAGCAUGCCGCCGAGCUUUGUCCAGCAGCUCCAGUGUGGGCCCCAGGCCUGCCCCCUCAUCCUUGCUCAAGUGCCGGGGUGCCCAGGGAGGGGGGCUGGGGACGGCCAGGCCGCCACCGCCAUCCCACUUCUGCCCCUAGGUGAGCGGGCAGGCAGGACACCCACCAUGGGCUGAGUCACCCUGUGCGCUCCGCAGGUCCACGGGGGUUGCGCCCGGGCUCCUCCUCGAGCCCAGGACUGUGACGAGCUGCAGACGCAGCAGUCUGAGGCCUGCUGUACUGCUGCUGUGCUUCGUGGGGUCUCAGGGCCCGGGAGGGGGACGGUCUGUCCUGCAGAGAGCGUGGUGGCUCUGGCCACAGGCUGCUGUGCAUGGGAGAGGGCUGCUCUCCACGGCCAGCCGAGCCGUAUCCUCACCCCAGGCCACAGCCUGCAGUCCGAGUCAGUGGUUUUCAGCCCCUGCAUGGCCCGCACAGCCUGCUGGUCCUGUAACGUGCCCAUGG